AGGGGGAGCAGGGAUGCGACCGAGGGCAGAGUCCGGGAGGGCUUGGCUCCCAGGGGAUGAAUCCUCCGCCUUCUCGGGUGGAAGCCUUUAAAUACGGGCUCGGGCCCGGGACCCAGGGUGCGGCGCCUGGCAGCCCGAGAAGGGUGUGCGGCGAGGGGAGAUCAGACGGAGCCGGGCGCGAGUGCUGAGGCUGCGCGGCCCAGAGCGAGGAGCUGUCCGAGCCGGGGGGACAGAAGCGGUUGCAGCGCUCGGUGCCUGGAAGUGGUACAGUCAUGUUUGAAAUUAAGAAGAUCUGCUGCAUCGGUGCAGGCUACGUUGGUGGACCCACAUGUAGUGUGAUUGCUCACAUGUGCCCUGAAAUCAGGGUGACGGUUGUUGAUAUCAAUGAAUCAAGAAUCAAUGCAUGGAACUCUCCUGCACUUCCUAUUUAUGAGCCAGGACUAAAAGAAGUGGUAGAAUCCUGUCGAGGAAAAAAUUUAUUUUUUUCUACCAAUAUUGAUGAUGCCAUUAAGGAAGCUGAUCUUGUAUUUAUUUCUGUGAACACACCAACCAAAACCUAUGGAAUGGGAAAAGGCCGGGCAGCAGACCUGAAGUAUAUUGAAGCUUGUGCUAGACGCAUCGUGCAAAACUCACAUGGCUACAAAAUUGUGACUGAGAAAAGCACGGUCCCAGUGCGGGCAGCAGAAAGUAUUCGUCGAAUAUUUGAUGCAAACACAAAACCCAACUUGAAUUUACAGGUGCUGUCCAACCCUGAGUUCUUGGCAGAGGGGACGGCCAUCAAGGACCUGAAGAACCCAGACAGGGUGCUGAUUGGAGGGGAUGAAACCCCAGAGGGCCAGAGGGCUGUGCAGGCGCUGUGUGCCGUGUACGAGCACUGGGUUCCCAGAGAAAAGAUCCUCACCACCAACACUUGGUCUUCAGAGCUUUCCAAACUGACAGCAAAUGCUUUUCUGGCCCAGAGAAUCAGCAGCAUCAACUCUAUAAGUGCCCUCUGUGAAGCAACAGGAGCGGAUGUAGAAGAGGUGGCAACAGCUAUUGGGAUGGACCAGAGAAUUGGAAAUAAAUUUCUGAAAGCCAGUGUUGGUUUUGGUGGGAGUUGCUUUCAAAAGGAUGUUCUGAAUUUGGUUUAUCUCUGUGAGGCUCUGAAUUUGCCUGAAGUAGCUCGUUAUUGGCAGCAGGUUAUAGACAUGAAUGACUACCAGAGAAGGAGGUUUGCUUCCCGGAUCAUAGACAGUCUGUUUAAUACAGUGACAGAUAAGAAGAUAGCAAUUUUGGGGUUUGCUUUCAAAAAGGACACCGGUGAUACAAGAGAGUCAUCUAGUAUAUAUAUUAGCAAAUAUUUGAUGGAUGAAGGCGCACACCUCCAUAUAUAUGAUCCAAAAGUACCAAGGGAACAAAUAGUUGUGGAUCUUUCUCAUCCAGGAGUUUCAAAGGAUGACCAAGUGGCCCGGCUCGUGACCAUCUCCACGGACCCCUAUGAGGCGUGUGAUGGCGCCCAUGCUGUCGUCAUUUGCACUGAGUGGGACAUGUUCAAGGAACUGGAUUACGAACGCAUUCAUAAAAAAAUGCUGAAACCAGCCUUUAUCUUUGAUGGACGACGUGUCCUGGAUGGGCUCCACAAUGAGCUGCAAACCAUUGGCUUCCAGAUUGAAACAAUUGGCAAGAAGGUGUCUUCAAAGAGAAUUCCAUAUGCUCCUUCUGGUGAAAUUCCAAAGUUUAGUCUUCAGGAUAUGCCCAACAAGAAACCCAGAGUGUAGACAUUGCCAUUUUUAUUUGUAACUUUUUCGGUACUUCAAGAUAGCAAAUACCUAUCUGAUAUUAAAUGAUAAAUGAACCAAGUGCUUUUAAGGAAACAAAACUAUUUUUUUAAUAAUCAAAUUUAUACUAGCUCUAUGGGAAUUAGCAUAUCUGGUAAUUAUGAAACUAGAAUUUUUUUUACGUAUUUUUAUAAUAUUGUUACCUCAGUGAUUGGAUGAGUAGCAAAUAAUCAUGUUGGUUUUAAUGGUGUCAAUUUUUGUAAAAUGAAACUUCAAACACUUUUUACUUCAUAAAAUAUCUUUAGGCAGUACUUCAAUAUUGAAUGGUAAUGGGAGUGGCCCUCCUCAGUUUUUCUGAUCAGUGGUUUAUCUAUUUGUCAUUAAGUAUGUGUUUUCACUGCUGGAGUAGGAAGUGACUACUCAUUCCAGUAUUCGUGCCUGGGAAGUUCUAUGGACAGAGGAGUUUGGCUGGCUGCAGUCCAUGGGAUUGCAACAGAGGCAGACACAACUUCAGAGGAGGCAAUGGCAGCCCACUCGAGUACGCUUGCCUGGAAAACCCCACGGACGGAGGAGCCUGGUGGGCUGCGGCCCAUGGGGUCGCGAAGAGUCGGGCACGACUGAGCGACUUCACUUUCACUUUUCACUUUCAUGCAUUGGAGAAGGAAAUGGCAACCCACUCCAGUGUUCUCGCCUGGAGAAUCCCAGGGAUGGGGGAGCCUGGUGGGCUGCCGUCUGUGGGGUCGCACAGAGUCGGACACGACUGAAGUGACUUAGCAGCAGCAGCAGCAGACAUACCUUAGUGACUAAACCCCCACCCCCAUGUAUUUUCUGCCAUGAAAUGGCUGUGCUAAAUACUGGGCUAAACCUGUUAACCUUUCCAAUAGUGUCACGGAGAUUUAAAGCUUUCUGGAUUAAUUGGGUGAGGUGUUUUCCAUGCCAUUUCUCGUCCCCCUGAAUUGAGGAGGGUGCCAUGGACAGAAUGCGGCCUUUCUGCUUUUUUUCUGCCUGUGCUUCCACGUUAGAAGUAACCCUGCAAGUAUGGUUUGGUUUUUGUUCUUUUGCUCCUUUUGUUUUAAUGGGCUGUAUCAAUGGUUUCUUUAGUCCACUGCCCAUUUCCAAUCAAUCCAAAUAAGACUAAAAGGUAA